UUAUUCAUAAUUCUUUUUCAAAAUAUGUAGACAAAACUUGUAUUUUAUACCUUAUGGACGUUGCAUGGAAAACAAUUCAUUGUCGGUAAAUACAAUUUGGACUUUGCGCAAUGCUUUGAGGUUAUGUUUUUCUAAGUUGUGUAUCAUCUGGUUCAGCACAUCUUGAAAUAACAAUAAAAGUGCUGAAUAACAGUUAAAUUGGAUCUCAAAGUUUGAAGAAACAUGGAAAAUAAAUCAGAAGAAAUUGCAAGAAGCGAGUGUGAUGUUAAAUUUCAUGAUUUUGUGGCAAAAGUGGGCGACUUGUCAGUCGCUUGUCACACAAUUAAAAUGGCAAAUUGCCUUUAUGUGUGGAUAGGUGAUCAUAGUAAAAAUGUCAUGAAUGAUCUAUCAUUUGCAAUUAGAUCACCAUAUGAUAAGGAACCGCUUACGACGAAAAUUAUGGGACCAAUUGCCAAUGAAUUUUCAAGUAAUCUGGCCAAAAGACUCGCAAAGAAACUUUCAAUAGCUGUUUAUGUUAGUUUCAAUGUUCAGGUUGAUAAUAUUUCUCUACCUGGCAUUGAGAGAAGAUUGCAAGAAGAAUUCAACUCGCAUCCUGAGAUAUUCUGAUUUUAUAUUUACAACUAUGUUGUACAGAAACAUUCUAAAUGUAAUACUUUUAUAAUGUGCCUAUGACAUACGUUUACUACCAUUGUAUAUAUACUUGAGAUUAAACUUAAGUGAAA